UUACACCAAGUAAAAACCAAGCAGUGGGUUCUCCUUUAAAAGGGCUCUAGGGAUUACUUGUGACUUUCAUAAUUUUUUAAACCUGUAUAACUAUGGAUUACACGUACGACGAAAUGCUGACGCCUUUCUAUGACGUGAUUAGUCCGCAGCUGCAGUCCGCCAGUGGUAAUUGUCCGCUUCCUCCUGCUGCAGCGACGGAUGAAUUUGCAUGGAUUGAUGAAUGGCUUCGUGAGAUAAACGGUCAACAGACGGUUUCCAAUAAUGCUGCAGGUGGACAGUCUACGUCUCAGCCUGGAACAUCGUCCUACACAAUCGACUACGGCUGGUUGGAUGAGGUGAUGACCGAGCUCAAUGUCCCUCAAGCUCCUGCAGUAGGCUCAGCUCGCGUUUUGGAAAGUACAUCAGAACAAACCGUCCCAACAGCUCAAGUCACACAAGAUUCCAAUCAACUAGCUGCAAAUUACGCUUCUUUGGAAGAUCGGUACCCAAUUUACUUGGAGUAUCCCGAAAUCAUGCAGGCUGAUUCCCAAGAAGAUUUGAUGCAAUACGGUCAAGGAACUGCGUUCGAUUUUCCUCAAAUGCAAGCAUGCAACACCGUUGACACGGGGCUACAAGGUGUGCCAAUUGCUCCACAGGGUAUGAAGUGGACGGAUGCACAGAAUCCAUGUACCGACAACCAAACCGCGGUAUGCUAUAACUUCAACGAACCGGCCACCGUAACCCUUGUGGAUGAAGGGCGGGCUGCGGUCCCACUAGCUUCCGGAAGCAGCGACUGGGUAUCAGAGGCGGUUGCCUUAUCGCUGUUGCAUCCGUUGCCGGCGGUGUGGGUGCGAACAAAUCGAAAAACCACGACCCAUAAGAAUUUGCCUGCCGCUCUUCGGUCUAUUCCAUGGGAUAUUAGGGCCGAAAAUCUGCUGAUGUAUUUUAGCAGCGACAAAGAGUGGAAUGGGUGGUUUACACAUGUUGUGCUCGUGUUCUUGACAAAACCGGGCAGCUUGGAAGUGACACGCGAUGAGUUUCAGACGGUUUUAAAGUACAUCUUGGACGGAGGAUGGGAUCAGGACAGCGGUAACGCUGCUAAUGAAUGCAAAAGGCUUGCAGUACCAACAGUGCCAUACCGUCGAAUUAGUCGCACUUUGUUAAUUUGGUACCGAAAAUUUGCCAAUGGUUCGGUGCGUAGCAUUAAAGGUCACACGGUGUAUGUUACAUUGACUCGAAUUACUACAACAAAUACUUAUGUUAAUUGCAUGAAUAUUAACGAAGCUGCUGUUAAAUCGCUAGCUGAACAACGAGACCUGUUGCAGAUUCUUGUGCCCGAUGGCGUUGAAUAUCCACCAUUGAUAACAGUGUGACUUUACUUAUAUUUUUUUGGCAUCGGUGUCGGCUUAACUAUAUGGAAAUCUGAAUAAA